AUUGGCAACCAAAAACGUAUCGAUAAUAAUUAUAAAUGGUGAAAAAAAGCAGCAUAAGCAAGGAGAAAUAAUUUUAAUUAACGAAUUAUUUGUCGUAUUAAUAACAAAGUUUAUCAGAAGGUUCAUCGUAGUAUAGUUUGUUAAUCAUGGGUCCCAUAAUUAUAAAGAUAUCGAAUUCGGAAAUAUGCGAGGAAAAUUGUGAAGAUGAUUACGUUGAAUCGGAUACAAAUCAAAUGAGUGCUGAUGAUGAGUAUGAAGAUGAUGGUGACAGUAAACAACAGUUUUAUGGUAAUUUUUCCAUUACCACAGAUGACGGUAAUGUAUUGUACGUAACGCAAUACGAUGAAGAAAAUGAUGAUGUGAAAUCUGAAAAUGAUGAAAUUGAUGCUAACGAAUCAGCCACUAUACAAACGUUUGAUGAAGAAAGUUAUGAUUCAUCUCAAGCUUUUGAUUGUAAACUACCUCAAAUAUUGGAGUUAUAUAACGAUGGGGGUGUGUAUUUUAUUCCUUCGGAUAGGGAAGAAAGUGAUUCGAAACCUAUUAAAAAGCGCAAAAGUGGACAAAAAUAUAAAAAACGAUGGGAGUGUAAACAUUGCGAUAAACGAUACCAAUAUGAAUGUCAGCUUCGGGAUCAUGAGCGCUCACACACUAAUGAGAGGCCUUUUAUUUGUGAUGUAUGCAAUAAAGGUUUCACAUCCAAAAACAACCGUGACUCACACGCCAAACGACAUAACAAAGUUUUCAAGCAUUUUUGCACUGUAUGCUCGAAAGGGUUUCUGCAGAAAAACUUUUUAAAUAUUCACAUGCGAAAACAUACGAAAGAAAGACCUGUACAGUGUGACAUUUGCUUCAAAAGAUUCCAUUCCCAAGGAAAUCUCGUCAAACAUAAGCGCUUGCAUACUGGGGAAAAGCCAUACAAGUGUGAUUACUGUGAUGAAAAGUUUGGCUCUGUGACUGUCAUGAAAAAUCAUCGUGCAUGGCAUUUUCCUGAAGAUAGAAUUGAGUGUGAAUUGUGUUCUAAAGCUUUUAUUAGAAAAGAGAGUUAUAAAGUUCAUUUGCUGAGGCAUAAAAAGGAUAAACCUUUUAAGUGUCACAUAUGCUCGAAAGGUUUUGUCGUAAAGUUUGAACUAAGUGAACAUAUGGCCUCCCAUAGUGACAAGAAACCUUAUGCUUGUGAAGAUUGUACUAAAUCUUUUAAAACACUUACAAAAUUGAGGUAUCACAAGAAAACUCUUUGUAAUCGACCAUUGUGGUAAGGCAAGGAAUUGUAAAAAGUUGAUUGCGGUUAAUAUUUGUCUAAAUCCAGCUUGGUGACAUAUUAUGCAAUGAUGAUGUAACUACACUAUGUUCUCAUUAGAGUUUGUUAUGGUACUCAUUAUUCAUGUAUAAUAUAAAAUGAUUGUUAAGAUUUAAAUUUAUAAAAAAAUAAUUUUUUCUUUUAUGAAAGCUUAAGAUUGAUAAUGUAUACUUAACUCUAGGGAUGUACAACCUGUGGCCCACUAGAGCUUAUGAACGCAAUUAUUUUUUUCUUAAAAAAUAAAAUUCGAGAAAUUUUUUAAUCUA